AUGCUACCCGUCCCCUUAUUUACUGCGGACCAGAGCCUUGACAGGGCGUUGCGGAAGAUCGAGUCGAAAAUGGCGCGGCGUGAUGACCCUGCUUUGAGUAGAACUGCACCUGCUCAAGUUCCCAGCGAACGUCCGCCGCCAUAUUUUGCUGUUCAAGCGCCAGCUCCCGCUGACGAAAAUUAUGGAACAUCGGCUAUAUCCUCGAGCAUGUCUGUUGCGACGCAGCAUGGCAGAGCCUCAUCAGUUAUACAGCUUAUAGAUAUCCCGCAGUAUGGUGCGCAACGGUUCCGUUCGACUCCGACUCCGCCGUCUCCCGGUGAGCGACAUUGAGUUGAACGCACGUAACGCGGGAAUCAUGCUACUUAUGCGUCUCAAGCCUAUACGAGGUCGAACACGAGCUCGCUGCCGAGCAAGUAGCCUGAAUCCCCGUUCCAAUAAGUGCGACAGCCGCUCGUGCACUCGAGCAACUUGUCUACUAGCACCACGAAAUAUGCAGCAAGCG